UUGCUCUGCAGCCACCCUCCCUCAUUCUUCAAACAGCUUGGAGAGAUCCAGAGUCUUCCAUACUGUCACUGAUUUUCUCCUAUCUGUUCUCUCUUGAGACUGUUCACAUGUUCCCUUCCUUCUCGACCAUACUGGAGCUCAGAGAUCUCAGCUUUCUAUCUUUCCUCCCAGCCCCAGGACAUUGCUGUUCUACAGGAUGAAGCUUACGUCUCACUUCCUUCUCAUUCUCAUCCUCCUUCUCCAGCUGAUGAUCCCAAGGUAUGCUCAGUGUUCCUUGGACUCCAUCGUGGACACAAAGAUAAAGGAAGCUCUCACUGGCUUAGAAAUAAAUCCUGCCCCAGCAAAGAAGAUUUCAUGUACCAGUAUCUUUAACUCAGGCAGACUGUCUUCCUGCCCUGCAGGAAUGGUUGUCACCAGCUGUGCUUGUGGCUAUGGCUGUGGUUCCUGGGAUAUCCAGGGAGAAACCACAUGCCACUGCCAGUGCAGCACUAUAGACUGGACCACUUCCCGCUGCUGCCACCUGACCUGA